AUGCACGCAGUCCAGUUGCCAAGUAAGGAACCCACAACUGCAGGGUCUGCAAUGCACCAUCUCCUUUGAAGAAUCACACACGUUUCUUUUUCUCCUUAAAAGGUGUAAGAACAACAACAAGAACAAUUUAUUUCAACCCAGCCUCUUAUGAAUACAUAAUGAAACAUUAAACCUUAAAAAGCAUCCCUAUGUAGGGCUGCCUUCAGAUGUCUUCUAAAGGUUUAAUAAUAAAAAUAAAUUAAGGGCUGAGACCCUGCCUGCCUGCAGAUUGCCUUGCCAGAGUGGUGCAUGCUCUGGUUAUCCUUGGACUACUGCAAUGGGCUCUACGUGGGGCUACCUUUGAAGGUGACACGGAAACUGCAACUAAUCCAGAAUGCGGCAACUAGACUGGUGACUGGGAGUGGCCUCAGGGACCAUAUAACACCAGUCCUAAAAGAAGUUCAUUGGCACCCAGUACAUUUCUGAGCACAAUACAAAAUAUUGGUGCUGACCUUUAAAGCCUUAAACGGCCACCUCCAUUGCUCAGCCCAAACACUGAAGUCCUCCUCCAAGGGUCUUCUGGUGGUUCCCUAACUGCAAGAAGUGAAGUUACAGGGAACCAGACAGAGGGCCUUCUCGGUAGUGUCACCCUCUUAAAAUAUAUCUGAAGGCAGCCUAGUUAGGGAAGUUUUUGCUUUUUGGUUUGUUUGCAGCCGUCCAGAGUGGCUGGGAAACCCAUUCAGGUGGGUGGCAUACAAACAAUAAAAUUAUCAUUAUCAUUAUCAUCAUCAUUAUUAAUCAUCUUGCCCAUCUGGCCGGCCAAGCGAUGCUCAGGUGCCCUGCACCCCUUGGGCACCUUUGCAGGAAUGGAAUUGAGAUGGCCGCCAAGGGCGUCGCUAUAAGGGCCCCCAUCCCCAAACAGGGCUGGGGGUUCAACCGAGGCCACCAAACAAGCGCCCCUCGGGAUGCGUCCCCGUUUCCCCCUGGCAGGAAUCCCUCGGGGCGCUCUUGGCGGGGCGCGCCUCUUUUGACGGGAGAGAUGGAGAGUCCAUGAAAGCGAGAGAGCCGAGAUGCCUAGACAGGCCUGGGAAGAGACCCCUCCCUCACCAACUUCCGUCUCCUCCCUCCCACCCCGCGCGUCUUGGAUGGAGAGGUCGGUGCGCUCGAGGGAGAUUCUGCGCGCAGGGCGAGGGGUGAGCCGUGCCAAGGGGGUCUCUGGGCGCAGGAGAGACUGGGGACGGAGGGGGCAGGGGAACUUGGGGAGGGAGGGAAGCCUCCCUGGGGGAGGAAAGCCCCGUCCAGCAUUGGCAGCGGGUGCAGAGAGAGAAAGAGACGCUGCCCAUUGGAAGGGAGGUCUCCCACCUGGGCGCUGGCGGGGGAAUCUCCGGAGAGGCUCGCCUUAGCUUUCUCCUCCUGCCCAGAAACCUGCCUUGGGGAGAGGGGUCCCUGAAAAUGGGAGGGGGUCCAAUUCCCCACCCACCUCUCCUUCCCGGAAGCUGGACUCUCCUUCCCCCACCCCCAGGCCAGCUGCUGCUGGGGGCUCCAGAAGCGGGACUCUGCUGCUGCUGCUUGGUUACACCGAGCCAGGCCAUUGGUCCAGCUGGAGAGAAGAGGAAAGCGCAGGAAGCUCUUGAGAGGAAGGAGAGAGGGCUGUCCAGAGCGGGUCUUUGCAUCUGGUAUCCUCUUCCACGAAAGGACAGAAAAAACCCGUCUGCCUUUCCCAGGGUUUCAUUUCUAAGCCUUAGUUCCACUGCAUGUUUAAUUGAGGUGAUAAUGUGGUCCACUACUCAAAAAAACAUGGCUGGAGGUGCUAUGGAAAUUCUUUCAGGAUUUGUGUAUAAUAGAUAUAUGGACAGCCUUUCUAUACCUUUUUAUAUGUCAAAGGGAGUUACAAGCUGAGACACAAUCCAUCAGCACCCAAAGACAGUAAAUGUGUGCACCUUCACAGUCUGGGGUGCUUAAAAGGACAAAGGGUCCAUUAUUAGGAUAGACAAUGCUUGUGACUGGAGGCUUUACACACAUUCAUGUGCAUAUGCAGGCCAAGGAUUGCCAGUAUUACAGGCGAGGUGUGUGAGAGUGCAGAAUUCCACAAACACUGUGUAUGAGAGAAAGGGAGUGGGUGGGAUUAUCAUUUAUAGCAAUGCUGUAAUUUUGUCCGUAACAUUUCGUGAGCUGAUGCUGCGGUUUAUUAGCCUCCAAUGGGCCACCAGGAACUUUGUUGUUUUUGCAUCAGAAGAUAAAUGUUUCUGAAGACUUUGACAGUUACAUAUGACAUAAACGGCACUUCUCUUUUACUUGUUCCACACAGGAGAGACUCUGACUCACAAGACUAAGCACAUUUUGCUAGAAAAAGAAAAAUACAGAAACGUGAAGGGGAAAUUGAGAGGUAAGCCCUUUGAGUAUGCAGUGAGACAUUUCACUACGUAAAAAUAUAUCAAAAGCCCUGCUGGAUUGAGAGGAUGACCCAAUUUUGGCUUGUCUUCUGCAAUUUCAUCCAUUUACCCAUGUUUCUGUGGAGAGACAUUGCCUCCAGUCCGCCCUUCCCUGCCCUUUGCUAUGAAGGUUGUAGGCAGAGUAUCUUUUUUUUACCUUUACGCAGUGAUAACUACAUCCCACUCCUCCUCUCCAUUCCACCAGAUUUCCAGUAUUAACCACUAUCUUUAUUCUCAUGUCUUUGGGAUUUAAGGGAUCGGGAAGAUUGCUACUGAAAUUCAGGGGUUCCUGUAGUCCAGGCACGUCCAACUCCCAACAGACUGCAAUCUACUCCCAGUAUAAAAAACUGGCAGUGAUCUACCCAUAGUCACUGGGGGAAUGAGGAGUGGGGUGCAUGGGUGGAAGGAGGUGGCUAACUGGAUGCAGGAGGGGGGAGUUUCAGUUGGGGGGGAUUAAAGGGAGGCAAAACUUCUCUCUCUGAAGAGCCAGUCAUCUCUCCACCCUCCCAAGCCAGUCCCCUCCCCCUUAAGCAGCUCUCUCCCCCCCAAAGCCAGCCCUUUCUCUCUCCUCCCCAUCAAAGGGAGCUGCACAACUGACGCCUAUCCCAGUAAUCCCAUGAUCAGCCAGGAUCACUCACAUGAUCUAUUGGUCGAUCCCGCUCGACCGGAUGAACAUGUCUGUUGUAGUCCAUUAUUAUGAUUAAUUGAAUUUGUUGGUCACUUUAUCUUACCCAAAGAGACUUGCAACCAAACAUUUAAGGGAUUAGGACAAAAAAGUCAUUAGGAAUUCUGAACCUGAGAAAUAAAGGGCAUGUUCAUGGAGGGAGAGCAGCUCCCUUUCCUGUGAGGAACCUCUUUAUUUAAAUUGCCAGUUUUAGAGAAGCACUGUAUCUUAGAUCAUGCUGCAUCAUUAACAAUAAUUGAUUAUUAUUAAAAGUUGAUGCAAUGCUAUUAUCUGACAUUAUUUCAUUUCCUAAACAAUUGGCACAUAGAAGAAGGAAGAGUGUAUGAGAUGUUAAAAUAAGAGAAGGUACCAAAGGCACUUGAUAUUCUUUUGUUUCUUCUUUGGAGAUCCAGUGGGGUUAAGAGCAGUAGAUUCGUAAUCUGGUGAACUGGGUUUGAUUCCCCGCUCCUCCACAUGCAGCUGCUGGGUGACCUUGAACUAGUCACACUUCUUUGAAGUCUCUCAGCCUCACUCACCUCACAGACUGUUUGUUGUGGGGGAGGAAGGGAAAGGAGAAUGUUAGCCGCUUUGAGACUCCUUAGGGUAGUGAUAAAGCAGGAUAUCAAAUCCAAACUCUUCUUCUCUUCUACAGGAUUUCCUUUCCCCCUACGCCAAUGCAAGCAAUAG